AAGGCAUCGGAACUACGGGGCGGGCGAGCGGGAGAGGCAUUGGCACUUGCUUUUGGUGGUGGCGAUGCUCGAUUGUUAGCCCGUGAAGCCAAUUGUGUUGUUCGAGCCCCGAUUGCUGGUGGGCUUGGCUGUGCAUGCACUGCGGUUGCCAGAUGAUGGCGAGGAUACCGUCGUCCCUCGUUUUGGCCUGAGCUCGGAAAAACUCUUCCCCCUUCCACGCUGUGUUUUUUUGAACGGUCGAGCUGACGGGCUGACGGGCCAUUAGGGUUCGGUUGCUGUUGGACGCACCUUGUUGCUGGAGCGGGAGUGAGUUGCGCGUGUUUUGAGCGUAAGUGAACUAGCGGUGGAAGGCCUUUGGUGUAGAGUGAGAUAGAGAGGAAGAUAGGGAGUGGAAGAACAGGGAGAGAAGUGUUUUUUUUUGUCGUGGUUGCAUUAUAAUUGUGCAGGGAGGAGGAGGAAGAGGAAGAGGAGAAGCUUAUUUUGUCUAGAGGAAAUGAAUGGUUGCUGGUGUGUGAGAAGGAGAUGAAGUUGUGGAUUCACCGGAGUGUGCUAAGGGACGGGCGCUUGAAGUGUUGGGACAGAGGCUGGCACUAAGAUCUUACGCCCGAGAUCAUAGUGCGGAGAGCUCGGUUGUGCAAGUUUCGUGCUGUUUCCAUGCGGGGGAAAGCGAGAGAGUACGGCGUGGGGAAGUAGAGCAACAAGAUUUGGUUGAUGUAGGUCUUUAGCCGGAAAAGAAGGGCAAGUGUUGAGUGUUGUCAGCAGCGCAGAUCUGGUUGGAUAAAUUCAGAAGGCUUAGGAGGGGAGCGCUGGAGAUCAGUGUUUUACUUUCUGGCAACAGAACCGCUCUGACGAGUUAGGGAGAUUUUGGGAAGCAAGGGUUCAGUGGGAUUGAACGCAUUCGUGAAAAAAAAUGUUCUGGCGAAUAUCUGGCUUAUCGACCACUUCUCCGGUAGAAGCGGUGCUCGAUAAGGAUGCCUAUACCUUGGAAGAACUCCUGGAUGAAGAUGAAAUCAUCCAGGAGUGCAAAGCUUUGAACAGCCGGCUUAUCAAUUUCAUGCGGGGGAAGGCUCAGGUGCAUGCGCUGCUCCGUUAUGUAGUCGAAGAGCCACCGGAGGGUGCAGAUAACAAGCGUUCGUACAAGUUUCCAUUCAUUGCAUGUGAAAUUUUCACAUGUGAGAUAGAUGUCAUAUUCAAGACUUUAGUUGAGGAUGAGGAGAGCAUGAAUUAUCUCUUCUCUUUCUUGGAGGCUGGUCGGCCACAUGGAACGUUAUUGGCAGGCUACUUUAGUAAGGUUGUUGUUUGCUUGUUGCUUAGAAAAACUGUUCCGGUAAUGCAGUAUUUGCAAACUCACCAAGAGAUGUUGAAGAAGUUGGUUGAUUUAAUUGGUAUUACUUCUAUCAUGGAGGUUCUGGUCCGGCUGGUGGGCGCAGACGAACAUAUAUAUGCUCUUCAUGUGGAUUCGUUGCAAUGGUUAGCCGACACGGAUCUACUGGAGAUGCUCGUAGAUAAGCUUAGUCCACCGAAUUCUUCAGAGGUUCAUGCGAAUGCUGCAGAGACUUUGUCAGCUGUUACGCGUAUUGCUCCAUCUGCACUCACUUCAAAACUUUCUAGCCCAAAGUUUGUGGGGCGCCUCUUUCUUCACGUAUUGGAUAAUCCGGAGUCGAAGUCUACCCUUGUGCAUGCCCUUUCUGUCUGUAUAUCUCUCUUGGACCCGAAGAGAGCUGCUUCCGUAGCAGCUGCAGGAGCCGCUCGUGGCCAGCAUGUGACUGAACCAAUGACUACUGCAAACCCGGAGACUGUUGAAGGCAUGCUACAAAGAUUAGGUGACUUGCUUGCAGUAUUGGAUGUCUCCAAGGACAACCUGAUGUUGCCUACUACAUAUGGACAGCUUCAGCCACCUUUGGGUGUCCACAGGCUUAAGAUCGUGGAGUUCAUUGCGGUUCUGUUGAGAACCAAUAGUGACGGCGCCAGGCACCAGUUGGUCAACUCAGGAGCAAUUCAACUUGUAUUAAAGCUCUUCUUUGAUUAUCCCUUCAAUAACAUGCUGCAUCAUCAUGUGGAGAGUAUUGUGUCCUCGUGCUUGGAGAGCAAAAGUCAAAAACUGAUUGAUCAUUUAUUUCAAGACUGUAAAUUUUUGGAUAAUUUAUUGGCUGCGGAUGAUAAUCCUUACGUUCCAGACAAUCAAGCGGAGCCAAAGUCUACAGUCAGUAAAUCACGCACAAGGAUAGGGAAUAUGGGUCAUCUUACUCGUCUCGCUAACAAGAUUCAUCAAGCCUCUGCGAUUCCUUUAAUUCAAGGUCAUUUACAGGCUAAUUCUAAAUGGAGUGACUGGGUGACAAAAGUUUUGCAGCCUCGGAACUCAAUUGAAAAUGUGUUUCACUGGUCUUGUGGACGACCAACUGCUGUACAGGAUCGUCCUAUGGACAGUGACGAAGAUGACUUCCGUCAUAGGGAUUAUGAUAUAUCAACUAUGGCCAGUAACAUAAAUCGCGAGGUUUAUCGGUACGGCAUGUUUGACAAUGAUGAUGCUGAAGAGGGUCAUGGGGCAAUGGAGAGAGAUGAGGAGGACAUGUUUUUUGAUGAUGAGUCUGCUGAAGUUGUCAUUUCAUCGUUGCAACUUGGUGAAGAUCAGGACAGUGGUAGGGCAGACAGCUUGUUCGGUCGAAACAACAACUGGUUUGCGUUUCAAGAUGAUUUCGCCAGGUCAACAGAAGAGUCCGCUCCAACAUUUCUUGUAACCUCUUCUCCACCUCGGAAUGAUUUGGGACCAGCUGCAAAUAUAAUCUCCCCUCCUAACAGUAGCGGGGAUAGCAGCAGUGAUGAUGAAGUGGUUCUAGGAGAAGAUGAAGAUCUCGCAGAUACAGCUAGUUCGGCGAAAUCCAAUAAAAUACCCGAACCCAAUCUUUUUGAUGUACUGGAGAGAGAAAGCAAAAGCAGUCUGACAUAUCAUUCUUUAGAUUACUCAGAACUAACUACGAAACUUGAGAAAAUAGAUAUUUCGGACGAUCUAUCAUUGUUCCAACAUCGAUCAGAAGAAUCUAGUGCAGGCACGGAGAUUCCAUCAGGGGGACCUGUGAUUGAUGACAAAAUCCCAUUCGAUGUUCAUUUUCCUGAGCACUUCGAGGUAGCCGGGCAGACACCUGAUUCACCCAAUGUCGAAAAAAAGGCCGAUCAAUCUCAUUCUGAAUCUGCUGAUGCUAGUGUGGUUCCAGAGGGGCAUAUGGUCAAUCCCAUUACAGGUGAAGAAGUUGCUGGUGUAGAACCUGACGGCACAAUCAAAGCCAUGGAGAAGAUGUUGAAGGAGGGUGUUGUAGGGGAGGCCACACCUUUGUUCAAGGGUGAGCAUCACGGAAGUGAGCCUAAAAAAGAGGAUUCUUCUAGCGGCAAUUCUGAUUUCAGCGACGUGAAUUAUUGGCGCAGUGACUACACACCGUCGGAUGUCGAGGAAAAGUUGUGAGGUUCCGUGCUCCUGUUUAUUCUGGUUUGUAUACCUUCGAUGAAUACGAUUUAUCCAUUUGAAUGCGUUAGAGAGCUCUUCGUUAAGCCAGUGGUCUGUAGCUCAAUUGUCUGUUCAAUCGUGUGUCCUAUAACGCCAUAUCAACAUCCAUUUGCUAGCAUCUUGAUGGUCUACUGGGGAGAUGCAUCAAGCAAGCGGCUGUUCCACCAGUUCAACCCCUUCUGCAAGUUUGUUCGUAUCCUACCUUCCAUUAUUUUUCGAAACUCAUGAGGGGAACAAUCGAUCGCAUAAAGUUUACAGAUACUCUUCUGUAAUACUGUACAAAGUGGCUCCCCAUCAAUUACUUACAGCAGCAGACCUGCUGGGGUUGUCCAACUUCACACCUGAAUAUACUCUUUCAUAUUCAUUUUCUACCAAACCGUUGCUGAGCCUCGGAAUGGCUUGCAUGUGGGGUGCUUAUGAUAGAGUCCAAGGCAUGAAUCCUUAUUUAUAUUUUCGAAAUAGUAAAUUCGGUGAUUACAAACA